AUGGAGAUGUUUGAUAGGAAAAACAGACAAGAAUUCUUUGAGAUGAAGUGUUGUUCCCUGAAAAUAAAGGAUCUCGACAGACACUAUCACAGGAUGGCACAGAGAUAUUAUGUCCUUAAUGGAUACAAUGACCCUAGUCUCAAGAAUACCUAUGUCUCCUCUCUACCACAAGAACUCCAGCCAGAAACCCAUAGGAUGUUAGCCACAACUCAAAGAGAUAUCAAAACCACGAGUCUUGGACAAAUUCACCAGGUGACAAUAGAAGGACUUGAAAAGCUUUGCAGUUUUCAUCACCAUUUUUCAGAAGUUAUAGAACAAAAGUCAAAAUUCACCCACGCGUGUAGAAAACCCUACCUGGAGAUUAAGUGUAAAGACAAAAGGUGUAGUUGUGCAACAAAAAUGAAACACCGUCAACAAAAAUACACCAAAUCUCAUAGGACCUUCAAGGGAAAGAAAAGGAAGAAUAUGAAGUACUUCAGAAGAAAACCUUUCAGAGGAAAAUGGAAAAAUGAGAGAUGCUUUAUUUGUGGGAAGAAGGGACAUUUCUCUAAAGAAUGUCCUAAUAAUACUCAUAAAGCCGCAAAAUUGAUCAACUCUCUUCAACCUUUAGAAGGAGACUUAGAAUCCCUGUAUUCUGAGCAAGGCUCUGCUGACGAAGAAACUAUUUUUGCCCUCAAAGACUCUUCGCCUGAUGAAGCAUCAUCUUCGGAGUCGGAAGAUGGAAGAUAUCUACCUGUUUACUCCUUCAAAGAGAUAGGAAGUUCUCUUCCUACUCCACCUCUCCCUUGUGUUGAAGUUCAUGUCCUCGCAACGAAGUUUUCACGUCCAAAGAAAGUUAUAGCUUAUAUGGACACUGGGGCACAGAUUACAAUGAUGAACCCUAACAUUCUCCCAGCCGAAUCGUGGGUAACACAUGCCGCAUACUUUGUAGUAGCAGAUGGGGAGGUUUUUAAGACAGAUCUAAUGACCAAGGAGAAAAUAGGAAUUAAAUUCUUCCCAGACUGCAUCGUUUGGACCAGGGACAUUGGCAGUAAUCUUCCAAACAAAGAUAUUAUCCCUCUUGGUUGUGAAGAAAUCAAGUCCAACCUACUCAAACUCUGCGCAAACAGCCAUGAAGAAUUCCGCCAUCCGAAACCCCUAUGGAAAAAUAAGGACUUUUUUGUUCAACUUCCUUUUAAGCUAAAUGAAGAUAUUAAUCCAACCAAGGCCACCCAUCCAGGACUGAGUCCAUCAGAUUAUUCAUUGGCUAGGGAGGAAUGCCACCAGUUGCUCAAGCAAGGUCUGAUAGAGCCCACCAAAUCAGAAUGGGCUUGUCAAGCAUUUUAUGUGGAGAAAAGAUAUGAAAAGUUAAGAGGGAAAAAGAGGCUAGUAAUUGAUUACAAACCUCUAAAUUAUUUUCUCAAAGAUGAUAAAUUUCCCAUUCCAAAGGCCUCAUCCUUAAAUGUUUUCAUCAAAGAUGCCCAUAUCUAUUCUAAGUUUGAUCUUAAGUCAGGAUUUUGGCAAUUGGCUAUCAACCCAGAGGAUCGUUACAAAACAGCAUUUUGCAUUCCUAACGCCCAGUACCAAUGGAAUGUGUUACCAUUCGAGCUUAAAGUUGCUCCGUCACUCUUUCAAAAGGCCAUGACAAGAAUUUUUGAACCCAUUUUCAAUAGUAUCCUCGUUUAUAUUGAUGAUGUGCUAUUGCUCUCAAAAGAUGAAAAGACCCAUAAACAAUUAUUGGGCCGAUUCCUUCAAAUAGCCCAACAACAUGGAGUAAAGCUCUCUGAAAGGAAAAGUCAAUUGGGCCAAACAGAGAUUGAUUUUUUAGGGAUACAUUUCUCCCAAGGGAAAUAUCAACCUCAACCUCAUAUUGCCCAAGAACUGUUAAACUUUCCUGAUGAAAAUCUCACUGUCAACCAAAUCCAAUAA